CAGAGAAGUAGCUGCCUAGGUAGAUAAAACUAUCUACGUAUUCGAACUGUGUGUCCUCGAUGGUGAAUUGUGGAAGGGGUGCCUGCUAAUCGUGUAGAAGAAAUUUACGCUUGGAGGGGCAAAGCACAUAUCAAACUUGGACGCUUCGAUCACAAAUACAUCAAUGGACGAUUACAUCCCAUGGGAAUCGUCGGUCGCGCGAUUACCUGGAAGAAGUUCUAUGCCGAAGUUCUGGAAGCCGAAGCUCCCAAAAGGACAUCGUCGAUCGCAAAGUUGAAAAGAAACGGUGACAUUGGGCAUCCUUGUCGUACGCCACUGGAGACAGGGAAGAGGGGAAAGCGUGCCAUAGGCUUUCACUCGGACUGAAGCGUGGAGGUGUAGCGCGCGAAGUAUGGCGACGUACUUUUUCGGAACUCCAUUCUUCAGCA